GCACUUUGUCGCGUCUCGCCUCACGUACUCAUCUCCAGGCAUCUGUGCAAGCCAAACACAUCUGAAGCUGGACAAUGGAAAAGUAUGAAGACUCGGAAGCCCUCGCCCAGCACACGGCUGGUGUUGCGUCGCAGCUGCUCAAGUGUACCACAUUCGGUGUGCUGCUGCUCUUCGGUCCACAACAGACGGCGCAGAACAGUUACCCGCGCUUCCCCCGAGGUCCUUACUGGACGCUGCUGGAUGUUGCCCACUUUGCGCUGUUCCUCAUGCCCGCUGCCCUUGGAGUUGCGAAGGGCUGCCUCGCCCUUGGCUCGGGUCGUCGGGCGGACACCAUGCUGCUCGCAUCCCUGACCGACGCCACGUGCGACUUUGCGCUGGCCUUGUCAUGCAUGGCCCUGCUGCUUCUCGUGUGGAUACGAUGGAGGCGCUGCCUUCCCCCAUCGGGGUUCGCGUGCACGUUGCUGGGAUUCUUGACUACGGCUACUAUUCUUGACGCAGUCCGAGAAUGCACGUAUCUGCGAAAGACUCAAGAAAUCACUCUCACUGACGACUGCAUCAGCGAAAGCGUCCUUGUCGUCACCUACUUGCUGACGGUCUGUACAGCUGGCAAUUUCAUUGGCGCCGGCAUACGGGACCUCGUUGUUUCCAGGCCCAACUCUGUUCACGUUUACCAAGGGUUCUUGGACGAGGACAGCGUAUCGGUCUUCUCCAGGAUAGCAUGCCUGUCUCUCUACCCGACGUUCCGAGAAGCGAGGAAGAAAAAGGAAUCUUCGAUGCUGGAAAUUCCGUUUCUGCGAAGGGGCUUCCGUUGCAAAUACGUGGUAGAGGCUCUCACGGCGCGGGUGUCAAAAGGGCGCAGGUCUCGAUCGAGGAAGCCGGCUUUCCUGACCAACGUGUUCAAGGUGCUGCGGAUCGACGUACUGCGUCUGACUCUGUGCACCGUGGCUUACUUCUUUUGCAUCUUUGCAAGGGUUCCUGCACUCGAACUUGUUAUCAAGACCAGUGGCGAAAGCGACAUGACCAUAGCAUCGCUUCUCUUCGUUGCAACUUGCGUGGGAGAGUGGCUCAUCUCUUCUUACCACAUGGAGUUACUGGCUGUCCUUGGCAUCCGAAUGAGAGCUCUUCUUCAAGGAAUAAUAUUCCGAAAGGCGACGCUGCUCUCCCCCACGGCUGCACAACCUACUGGCUGCGUGGCCUCCCUUCUGGGUGUGGACUGCCUGCAGCUGUGCAACUUCGCGUACGCACUGCCGCUGCCCAUUUGUGGCACCCUGACGCUGCCGCUGCUCUUCUGGAUGCUGUCCGAGAGGGCCGGAGUUGUGCCGGCCAUCUGCUGCGCCGCGUGGGCGUUGGUCACGCUCCUCGCGCCCUUGGCCUCACUGUACGCACAGAAGCGCAUCUGGGAUGUGCAAGUUAAGGCACGUGACGAGAGGCUCAAAUCCAUGACGGAUCUCCUGUGCAACAUCCGCGUCGUGAAGAUGUACGCAUGGGAAGAUGCCCUACAGGCGAAUGUGCUCAGCUGGCGGAAGGCAGAGGUCAAGUGCCUGCUUGCGGUUAACUUGCUCGACGCUGUCCUGGACUCUGUGUGCAGUUCCUGCAGCACUGUGAUGAUGAUCAUCCUGUUUGCAACAAUGUCAGUGUUCGAACCUGACCGUGUCCUCAGUCCGGAGCUUUCUUUCUCAUGCGUGUCCUUGUUGUACAUCACCGACUUGAUGGGCACUGGUCUUGGUCUGGCCUUCAGGAAUGUAAGCAAGGCUUCAGUUUCGCUCAAGCGCAUCUCUUCGUUCUGCACGGCCGAGGAAUAUGACGAAGAAAACAAGUCGCAAGCGAAGGAUUGUUUUAGAAGGAUUGGGGCCGUCAACCUGGAAAAUUGCACGAUAUCGUGGAGCUCCCUCACGAUAAAGGGCGCCGAGCCUCAACUAAAGAACGUCACGCUCGACGUCGAACCCGGAUCACUUGUGGGAAUCGCUGGCUUUGUCGGCAGCGGCAAGUCUUCGCUGCUGUCUGCCAUUCUCGGAGACGCGCAGUGCCUUGAAGGCAGUGUGGCAUGCGCGGGCCGCAUAGCGUACGUGCCUCAAUUGCCGACCGUGCACAACAUGACCAUACGGGACAACAUACUGUACGGCCGGCCUCUGCAUCCGAACUACUACGAACGCGUACUUCGCAGCUGCCAGCUAAUGAACGACCUCAACAAGAUUCCUGCCGGGGAUGCGGCUGAAGUGGGAGAAAAGGGCACGAAUUUGAGUGGCGGACAGAAACAGCGGAUCUCACUGGCCCGCGCUGCGUACAGCAACAGCGAUGUCUACCUCCUUGACGAUCCACUGAACGCACUGGACCCUCUGGUAGCCAAGAACAUAUUCCGCGAGGUCAUUGGACAGUCAGGCCUUCUCAGAAACAAGACGCGCAUUAUGGUUUGCAAUCAAGGAUCCUACUUGCGGCAUAUGGACAAAAUUGUAUUCGUUCACGACAAGAAAGUGAGGAUGUACGCGUCUCUCGAGGAGCUGCUAAGAGACCCAGCGUGUCCGCAGAACUUUCAUCUCUCCCUGAAACAGAAACUGCAGGCUCAUAGUACCGCGGACAGUACGGUUCUCCAGCAGGAUGAAGAAAACGAUGCAGUGGGAAGAAUUACGGAAGAAGAGAUGGCAGGAACAAAAAAAACCUUCUGGCAGCUUCUCGUGGGCCUCGUCCGUUUCACCCAAUGGCCAGCAUUAGCGGGAGUUGUCGUGCUAGCAGCUUCAGCCGCGGCCCAGGCAACGCAGCAGCUCUGGAUCAAGUCGUGGACGGACGCGUCGACCGCUGACCCCGACGGGGCGAUCGGAGCCCGAGGUUACUGGAUUGGAGGACUAGUCGGCAUCUGCAUCGCCAACGUGCUGUGCCGCUUGCUUGGCGGUACGCUGCUGGCGGUCACUGCGCGCAUCCUGUCCCGCUCUCUGCACCACGCCAUGCUGGAAGGCGUGCUUCGCAGCCCGGUGUCCUUCUUCGACGCGUCGCCCAGGGGCCGGGUGCUGAACCGGUUCGCUGGAGACCUGGACUUCGUGGACGCCGAGUCGUUCAUCAGCGGCAAGCAGUGCGUCCAGGGGGCGCUCCUCACCGUCGCCAGCGUGGGCGUGGUCGCUACGCAGGCGCCACUCGUAGUGGCGGUCACCGCAGCGGUUGCUGUGCUCACCGCGUCUGGAUUUAUCAUGGCCGUGAGCGUGUCCCACAGCUCGCGUUACGUCGACAGCAUCGGCCUGUCGAAGCUGCUGCAGCACAUGACCGAGACCCUAGAGUGCUUGAGCAGCGUGCGAGCGUACGGCGUCCUGGACCGGUUCCGGCGGCACUUCUUUCGGCUAGACGACAUCUGUUUGCGCGGCUACUUUUGCUACUCAGCCUGCUACCGCUUCGCGCGCUCCCUAACGGCGGUGGGAGGCUUCGCAGUCGUACUGUCCGCCCUGCUGCUCAAUACCCUCGGCUCGAGCACACCGGAUCCCAGCAGCUUGGGGCUCGCACUCAGCUCAGCCACGACGGUUCCGCUGGCACUAAUGAGCCUGUGCACGAUGCUCUUCUGCACGCUACUGAUGGCAGUUUCGUUCGAGCGGUGCCUGGAGUACUCGGAACUCCCGCCGGAGACAGACAUCAUUGCAAUGCCCGACAAAGACAAGCGUGCCUCGAUCAAAAUGCCAUUGCCAGAAAAGUGGCCAUCACAUGGAAUGGUCGAGUUUCAAGAUUACUCGUCUUCAUACAGGCCCGGAGUUGCACCUAACGUCCUCAACAAUGUUUCUUUCUCUGUGAAGGCUAUGGAGAAGGUUGGUGUCGUUGGGCGGACGGGUGCCGGCAAGUCGUCUCUUGUGCUCGCUCUACUGCGUUUCCUUAAAGCCUCGAACGGGCGCAUUUGUAUCGACGGCGUCGACAUUGCCCAAGUACCCCUGAAGAAACUGCGUCGAGCCAUCACCGUUAUCCCCCAGGAUCCGAGCCUUGUGCGAGGUACUCUGCGCCUGAACCUCGACCCGACCGGGUCCCACACCGACGAGCAAAUCUGGCAUGCAUUGCGGCAAGCUCACUUGGCACCUCUGGUCAAAGGUCACCUGGAGGGACUGGGCAUGAAAACCGCCGACGGAGGCACGAACCUUAGCGUCGGUCAGCGGCAGCUGGUGUGCCUCGCCCGUGCCCUGCUGCGUGACUCGAAGUUGCUGCUGCUGGACGAGGCCACCUCGCAGAUGGACGGCGACACGGACCGCCUCAUCCAGGCGACGCUCAGGGAGGCGUUCGGGAACAGCACGCUGAUCGCCAUAGCACACCGGAUACACACCGUGCUCGACUACGACAGAAUACUCGUCAUGGACGAGGGAAGGGUGAGGGAGUACGACACGCCCGCCUCUCUGCUCUCCGAUCCGGACAGCGCUUUCUCCAAGAUGGCCGCGGACGCUGGAGCCGCGCCCCAGGAAGGAAAUUGCCCGCUCGCCAUAACUUCGUUAUGAUCUUGCCAUUCGUAAUAAAGUAAG